AUGCCUCGUCGAUCGUCUCGGGCCGUUCCCGCGUCGGCGGCAGCACCAGCGCCAGUACAAAAAAGGCGCGCGUCUGACAGACUCCCCACUGCCUCCAAGACAGGACCAAAAAGACCAAAGUCCGACAUCACCACUACCACCACUGGAAGGCCCGUCAGGUCCACCUCAAAGAAGAGCAAAUAUUUCCAGGAAGAACAUUCAGAUCAUUUAGAGACUGAUUCCGACAAUGGCUCCCCGCUGGAGGAUUCCCCCUCCAAUGUUCUAGAAGGUGAUACGAACGAAGCAUUGAAAGAUAAGCAGUUGUGGAAGGAAGGUGUCAGAACCGGCCUUGGACCUGGAAAAGAGGUCUUCAUCAAGAAGCCCAAAGCAAGGGAGGCAGGUGCUGUGCCCUACCAAGAGGAUACCUUGCAUCCCAACACCUUCCUUUUUCUUGUGGACUUGGCAGAGAACAAUGAGAGGCCUUGGCUCAAAGCGCACGAUGCGGACUACCGUGCUUCUAAGAAGGAUUGGGAGAGCUUUGUUGAAAGUCUCACCGAGAAGAUUUCAGAGAUGGAUAGCACGAUUCCUGAGUUGCCUGUUAAGGACCUGGUAUUCCGUAUACAUAGGGACAUUCGGUUCAGCAAGAACCCUACUCCUUAUAAAACACACUUUUCAGCUGCCUGGUCACGCACAGGCAAAAAGGGCCCUUACGCUGCUUAUUAUGUCCACUGUCAACCUAAGUCCUGCUUUGUCGGUUCAGGUCUCUGGCAUCCAGAGGCGGACAAACUUGCGCUUAUGCGAGAGGAUAUCGACAGGAAUUCGCAUCGCUUGAAGGCGGUCUUAGGAGAGGAAGGAAUGCGCCGCGAAAUUUUCAAUGGGGUACCUGAUGAAGAGAAGGCUGUUGAGGCUUUUGUCAACCAGAAUCAAGAAAGCGCGCUCAAGACCAAACCCAAGGGCUACGGCUUGGACAAUGAAAACAUUCGACUGCUCCGCUUGCGCAGUUUCACCAUCGGCAGGCCUCUAGCCGACGAAGAGCUUAUGAGUCCCAACGCACAGGACAAAAUUGCGGCCCUUAUUGGUAUCAUGGAACCUUUCGUUACGUACCUCAACAGCGUCGUCAUGCCCGAUCCGGAGGAUAUGGAUGCCAGUUCUGGGUCGGAAAGUACAGACUAA